GAGAGGAGGAGAGAGGGGAGGAGGAAGCAGAGGAGAGGGGCUAUUGUGUAAGAUAUUGUGCGGCGUUUGUUUGUGUGCACAGGGCAAGGACAACACGUUGCUGACUGACUCCAGUGUAAUUCAUCAUUGUAGUGUGUGUGCGCGUGCGUGCGUGAGAGAGAGAAAGAGAGAGUAGUGGAGUGGGGGGGAGUGUGUGUGUGUGUGUGUGUGUGUGAGACGGUAUUCCUGCUCGUCUCGCUCCACCAGUUGAGUUAAAUCAGAGGCAGCCACUCGCACACCGAGGUGGUCUCUCUCUAUCUCUCUCCCGUCCGUCCUGCUCUCAAAGCACCAACAGCCUCCUGAUUCAGCACCACAGGACUCGCUGAGGCCCUCGCCCCCGAGGCCCCGUAUCCGUCACUUGCAGACGCACCCUGCCGACAGGGCCCCCCCCCCCAAAUCCCCCCGUUUUGAAGUCCCAGGAUCUGGCACUAAAAGAAAAAUGCAGGAAAUCACGACCGGAGCGACAGAAGGCAUAGAGCUGACGUGCGGCAUGUCCGGGAGCCACGAAUUCAUCUUCACCCUGGUGCCCAUCGUCUACGGCUGCAACUUUGUCAUCGGCAUCGUCGGCAACAGCAUGGUGGUGGCCGUGAUCUACUGCUACAUGAAGCUCAAGACGGUGGCCAACGUCUUCGUGCUCAACCUCGCCAUCUCCGACCUCACCUUCCUCAUCACGCUGCCCAUGUGGGCCGCCUCCACCGCCGCCGGCUACCACUGGCCCUUCGGGGGGUUCCUGUGCAAGGCCAGCGCCGGGCUGGUGAUUUUCAACCUCUACACCAGCAUCUUCUUCCUCACGGCGCUCAGCAUCGACCGCUACCUGGCCAUCGUCCACCCGAUACGGUCGCGGCGGCUGCGCACCGUGUCGUACGCGCGCAUCACCUGCGUGGGGAUCUGGAUUUUCGCCUUCGUGCUCAGCGUGCCCACGGCCAUCACCAGGGACGUCCACAGCAUCACCAACUACAUCACGAACCACACCACCGUGUGCGGCGUCCUCCACCCGACCAUCGGAAACACCGCCAUCUGGAAGGACCUCCUGCUGGCCAUCAGCCUGAUGAAAAGCCUGCUGGGCUUCCUGGCGCCCUUCGCCAUCAUCAUCACCUGCUACUGCCUCAUCGGACGUGAGCUGGUGAGGGCGAGGAACAUCCAGAAGAGCUCGCGCUCGCGGGGCGACGAGGUGCUGCGCAUGCUGGCGGCGGCGGUGCUGGCCUUCUUCCUGUGCUGGGUGCCCCACCAGGUGUUCCACCUGAUGCAGACGCUCACCCAGCUGUCUCUGGAGAGGAACUGCGCCAUCAUCGAAAUCAUCGACACCGCCAUGCCCUUCACCAUCUGCAUCGCCUACUUCAACAGCUGCGUGAACCCCAUCGUGUACGGCUUCGUGGGGAACAACUUUCGGAAGAACUUGCUGCGGCUGCUGCGCUGCUCGCCGAACGGGGCGAGGGCGUCCCACCCGAGCAUCAGCUCCAAGAUGAGCGCGCUCUCCUUCCGGGCCUCCGAGGCGCUGAGCCUCACGGCCAAAAGCAAGGCCUCUUCUGACGUUAUGUGAAAAAAAAAAGAAAAGACUCACCCCCCCCCCCCCCCCCAUUUGGACACAGGCAGGAUGUCGUUGCUGUGAGGCGACAGUGCGAAUCCCCCCCCCCCCCAACCACCCCCUUUCACCGCGUAGCUCUUGUACAACGCUGACCUGCAGGUUUAAAUACUCAAAAACCGUCAUAUGUCACACAACGCUCAUACUGUGGAUGGAAAGUCAGCGUCACUGACGUGGGUGGUUUAAAAAAAUCAGGUUGAAAAAAAACCCAUCUAGGAAUGAACUAUAUCAAUCGUAGAAAAGAUACGUACAGAUCACUAAUCCAGUUAUAUAAAUAUAUAUAUACAUAUAUAAAUAUAUAUGUAUAUAUAUAUAUAUAUAAGAUAAAGGCUUUGGUGCCUUAAAGAUACAGUGCAGUAAUAUAUUGUCCAUAAUAACCAUUCUGUGUGCUCAGUGGGUCUUUCACCAGUUGUUAAAGGGAUCAAUUGCUCAGCAAAGAGGCCAAAGAAAAAAAAAAGAAGUAUAUCAAAGAUUCAUGCUCUGUGAUGUAAGUUUAAAUCAGUUAGUAACAUAUUUGACAAUGAUAACUAGUGCCUGUAUGCUGUAUGUGGUGUUUGCAUAAAAGCACUGAAAUGAUGAAAUGUUGCUUCCUCUGGGAGUCACGUGCUGUAAGAACACUGCAGGGUGGUCAUUGUCCACACCUCUGGUCUCCAUGUGAUAUUUAUACAAAAAAAAAUGUUUCUAUUCCGUGAGUGUACAGUUUGUGAAUAUAUGAAAAUAUGAAUAAAAUUAAGAAAUGAACACUAUAAAGUUGCCUUUGCUUUUUUUAUCAUUACAUAAUAGAGCUGUCACAAUGUCUAAUUUUUGAUACACAAUUAUCAAGGCACAAAUAAUUCACAAUGUUAAUAAUAUUACAAUAUCUAUAGAUUAUUUUAUCAAUGAUAAUAAUAAUGUUUUGUUAUCAGUCAAAAUCAUUUUAACUUGUUUAUCAGCAUUUUGUCUCUUUUGGGCAAAUUCGUUAAUUUUAAACAACAACAAAAAAAGUGUAUUCGACUGGACCGAUACAUUUUUAGGAUUUUAAGCAUGCCAUCAGUGUAUUAUUUUCAAAUACCACGCUCAACAUUCAGAAACAUCGGCUCGAAACCGGUUUGAGCACCUCCACCCA